AACUGAUUAGGUGGGGUGUCCGAUGGUGAAAAACUUGGAGGGAGAGGAGGGCUGUGGCUUUAACCUUUCAGGACGAAAGCUUUACAAAAAGAGAAAAGGCUUUUAGGACAACAGCUUUAGAAAAAGAGAAACGGAGACUUUUUGUGGGAAGAGAGAGUGUGAAAGAACUGGAAAAGGUUAAGAAGGAAGAGCUGGAAGUGGUUAAGAAGGGUUGGAUCGUGCUCAUUUCGAGAUUGGAGUUGCAGUAGAGUAGAUCCAUGGAAGUUACGGCUUCGAACACUGUCCCUCGUUCUCUGCAAUUCGACGAAGAUGACUUUCCUUCUGCUUCUUCUCUCUACCCUAACUCCACUCUUGUUUUUGCAUGGGGAAGAGGGGACUAUGGGCAGCUAGGACUUGGUGAUGAUGCUGGACGUGACUUCCCAACAUGCAUUCAAUCUUUGUCUGACAAAAGUAUUGUUCAUGUGUCUGGCAAUGACUUUCAUACUGCAUUUCUAACUGGAGAAGGUGAUUUAUUUAUGACUGGGAACAAUGACUCUGGUCAACUUGGCGUUCGGUCGAGAGAAUCACAAUUAUCUUCUAUGCGAGUAUCUUCUUUGGAUAUUUAUCGGAUUUCACAUGUUGCCUGUGGUCAAGCUCAUACAGUUGCUGUUACUGAUAUGGGUGCUGUGGUCUCCUGGGGUGCUUCUGAGUUUGGUCAACUGGGACACAAGGAUGCGAUUGAUGUUGUUGAUGUGAUUCAACCUCGUAUCGUCAAGGGAACUCGUGAUUUGCAUUUUGUGCGUGUUGCUUGUGGAGCUGCUCACACACUUGCUUUAACAGGAAGUGGAGAAGUGUAUUCCUUUGGUCAAGGCCUAUAUGGUGCACUUGGACUUGGCAGCAUAGAAAGCACAAGUUCUCCUACCCUUGUGAAUGACCUGUGGGGUCUUGGUAUCAUCCAGAUAACAUGUGGAGAGAAUCACAGUGCUGCACUCUCAGUUGAUGGUCAGGUGUUUACUUGGGGAAGAGGAAAAUAUGGGCAAUUGGGGCAUGGCACUCUUCAAAAUGAGUUAAGACCUCUGCCAGUAAAAUUGCUUGCAGACCAGAUGAUUGUUCAACUUAUCUGUGGUGGUAACCAUACCAUGGCGAUAAAUGAGGAGGGCAUGCUAUUUUCUUGGGGACAAGGUCACUGGGGGCAAACUGGUCUGGGAGUGGUGGAGGAUACUCUACUCCCUACGCAGGUUCACUGUCUUCAGGGGUUGCGCAUAAUUCAAGCUUCUGCAGGUUCUCGCCAUUCUAUUGCGGUUACUGAUGAUGGGAAGGUAUAUGGAUGGGGAGAUGGCGAGCAAAAUCAGCUUGGAUUCACUACGAACAAAAUUCAGAUGCUGCCAUCUUUACUUUCUUUUCCUGUAAAAGAAGGUUUACAGCUGCUAUAUGCAUUAGCUGCAGGCGAGCACACAAUCGCAGUAUUUUGUCACCUUCAAAGGGAUCAGUUGAGGUUUUCAGGCCCAUCAAACUUGGACUGUUCUAAGCAUGAUGUGGUGGCUUUUGAGCUCAAUAAAGGAGACAUCUUUGGAACUGACCUUUGGUCUCAUGGCUAUCAAAUUGCUGAGCAAGAACUGGUUUUAUCUGAAGAAAAUGAUCCUUGCAUAUUGCCAGGUGAUUCAUACGUGGACAUUCCUGGAAGUGGCUUUAAGCCCAUGAUUAUUCCUUACUUGCCAAAACUUCUAGAGGAAGGCAAUUGUUCACUGAGGAGUUUGGCCAUUCUUGUACAAUCAAUAGAGGAUAUCUUCUCAUCCAUAAGAUUUCUUACUUUAUCAUUUAAGCUGCAUCCUUCUCGCUGGUUUGGGAAGGGCAUUCUAAAGGCUAGAAGUCUUAUGGAGACAGAUUCAGACGGACCUGGUCUUGAUACAUUACUGAUACGGGAUGUAUACCAGAAGAUCUUAGAGCUUUACAGGCCAGAGAUCCUUAAUAAGUUAGUGGGGUCAUUAAUACGUUGCUUGGAAGGCAUAGAGAAGCAUAAAUAUGAUGUUUCUGAUUCGAGGUGGACACGGUCCCGGGGAUGCACUCUCUACCAAAUUAUUUACCAUUUUUGAACGAAUAUCGCCUUCUGUACGAAGUACAAUGGUCCAGUGGUUUAAAACUUACCCAAAAGAAGUUCUUGGAGGACGACUUGUUCGUGGUGUGCAGAAAUAUAUCUCUAGCAG